GCCUGUGUUGUAAGCACACAGAGCAGGGCCUUUACUUUCUCCUAGCGCUCAGAUCCUCAUGCAUUUGUCCUGAGCGACACACACCUGCCUAAUCUUUGAAGGCUUCAGGUUGGCUGAGAGGUGAGAGAUGCCAACUCUGAUUCAAGAUGCCUGUGGAGGAAUCACAGGUACCACCCAGGGCAAUGUUCUCUCUGUUGUCUGCACAGCAGGGUUACCCAAACCCAACAUCACAAGCAACAACUCCGACCCUGUGGAGAAUGUGGAUUCUGUUGUAAUAACGUGUGGACCUCAGACUCAGAGCACAAGCUACCUGUGGUCAGUAAACAAUAAGAGCCUCCCGGCCAGCACCAGGUUAGAGCUCUCCCUGGACAACAGGACUCUCACUAUACGCCGUGUCACAAGGAAUGACACAGGACCCUAUGAGUGUGAAACUCGGAACCCAGUGAGUGCCGGUCAUAGUGACCCAUUCACCCUGAAUGUUCUCUAUGGCCCAGAUGCCCCCACCAUUUCCCCCUCAGACUCCUAUUACCGUUCAGGGGCCAACCUCAGUCUCUCCUGCCACGCAGCCUCUAACCCGCCCGCACAGUAUUCUUGGUUUAUCAAUGGGAGACCCCAGCCGUUCACACAGGAGCUCUUUAUCCCCAACAUCACUGCGAAUGAUAGCGGAUCCUAUGCCUGCCUCGCCUAUAACUCU